AUGGCGAUCACGCCCUUCCUGCGGAAGUUGAGGCGCAAGUUCCGAUUGGUAUCGGUGCUCAGAGCAGUCCUCCUCUGCGGCGCUGGCCAUUGCCUGUGGACUUCCUUUUUCAAGUCAUCGUCAGGGGAUUCACGUUCGUACGGCGAGCAGUGGGAGCGACCUGUUCCAAUAGGCUACCGCAUUCGCACUUCGGGCUGCACGCUUCCAAGGUUCGACCCAUUCGAUCCGACGGUCAAGCCUUUCAUCCGGCGCAGCUUCAAGCGCGCCCAGUGUCCAGGAAAACCCAACUUUCUCACCUUAAGAAACGGGUUUCCAUCCAUACUUCCACGGGGCUUGGAGGAACACGGCGUGCUUCCAGAGGACCUCGUUUGCUUCUACAACGAAAUAUACCGUAACGCAUACGGGGCUGCUCCAGACAAGCGUUACAUGAAAGGAAAAAGAAAGAAUCUGUCGUUCGACAGGGCGCUGGAAGAGGAGUUUGUCCUUGUAGAAUGCGCCACAAAGAAGUCUCCGGAGAGUUCAUUUCACAGACAGUUCCUGUUGAACCCACUCCUCAAGAAGAACGUGGAGCAGCGAUGCCGAAGGGCGCGCAGACGGACGCCACACAACCUCAGCGUUAUAAUGCUCGGUCUCGACUCGGUUUCGUACUUGAACUUGGACAGGUACUUACCGGAGACUGCGAAGUUUGUGCGAGAGAAACUAGGCGCUUUCGAGCUCCAUGGAUACAACAAAGUUGGGGAGAACACAUAUCCAAACGGAGUUGCCUACCUCGCAGGUCUUAAGGUCUUCGAAGCGGAUCAGGAAAAAGAGUUCGGAUUUUACGAUAAGCUGAGUUCAAGAUUAAUCUGGCGUCAAUAUUCAUCACGCGGCUACAGGACCAUGAUGAUAGAAGAUUGGGUGCGUCUAGGAUUAUUUUCUACGCUCUCGACCAAUGGUUUCCGGCGCCAACAAACCGACUACUACCCGCGACACGUCGUCAUGCUCAUGGAAGAGCUAAACAAGCCCGUAGAAGAUGAUCUGAGCUGCUUGGGACCCACAACACACACCCAAGAACUUCUCGAUUAUCUUGCCAAGUUCGUGAAAGUAAUGUUGAAGCGGCCGUUCUUCGUAUUCGCCUGGUUCGUCGACAUAACACACGAAAGGCUCAACAACGCAGCCUAUGCAGACGAGCCCUUCCGGCAACUGCUCGAAGCUCUUCUCGCUUCCGGCACACUCAACCACACAGUGCUCGCUUUCUUCAGCGACCACGGAAUGCGCAAAGGAAACAUUCGUACGACGUACAUUGGAAGGCUGGAAGACAUUCAGCCUUUCGCCUUCCUCGUCUUUCCGCCGUGGUUCCUGGAGAAGAAUCCCGAGGCAGCUCGGAGCCUUCGUGUCAACCAGCAUCGCCUGACGACGCCCUUCGACUUGCACGCGACGCUCGUCGAGCUGCUGGACUAUCCCGUCCGCAAGAGACCGCGUACUGCAUACGGGCUUAGCUUGUUUAACGAGAUACCGGAACAGAGGACGUGCGACGAUGCGUCUAUUAAGCAUAAGUGGUGCUCGUGCAAUGUUCAGGUUGAUGCUGCCGUAUCCGGUACUCUGGCCCGGGCAAUGGCACAUAAGGUUGUUUCUCACGUCAACGAGGUCUUAGCGCGAGUGACGCGAAAAUGUGCUGAGUACCAAUUGAUCCGGGUUAUCGACGUCACGUUGCUGCAGGCGACAGCGGCUGAUCUCGCAAGGAACACAACUCAUUAUUUGGUCGAUGUCAUGCUGUCGCCUGGAAAUGUCAUCUUAGAAAGCAUGGUACACGUUCUUGGUGGCAAUGUAGUUAAGGUUGAGGAUGCUAGCCGCUGCGACAGUUACAAGCGACACAUCUACUGCAUGCAUCAUGGACACCAGCUUGUGGAAUUCUGCUACUGCCGCCGUAAUUACGGUGGACAAAUGUGA